CAGGUCCUUAGUCUGUCAGACAACCGCGACAAUGCCGGCCCAAAAAACAGUAGACUCGCGGAUUCCUGCACUGAUCCGCAAUGGCCUCCAGGAAAAGAAGCGGAGCUUCUUCGUCGUGGUCGGCGACCGCUCCAAGGAUGCCAUUGUCCACCUCUACUACAUUAUGUCCAGCAUGGACGUAAGGCAGAACAAGUCGGUUCUCUGGGCGUACAAGAACAAGCUUCUCGGCUUCACCAGUCACCGGAAAAAGCGGGAAAACAAGAUCAAGAAAGAGAUCAAGCGUGGUAUCCGUGAGGCCAACUCGGAAGAUCCCUUCGAGCUCUUUAUCUCGCUCAACGACAUCCGCUACGUCUACUAUAAGGAGACUGAAAAAAUCUUGGGUAACACAUAUGGCAUGUGCAUUUUACAAGAUUUCGAGGCCAUAACCCCUAAUAUCCUCGCCCGAACCAUCGAGACGGUCGAAGGUGGAGGCUUAGUUGUGCUUUUGCUCAAGGGCAUGAACAGCCUGAAACAGCUGUACACCCUUUCUAUGGACGUCCACUCGCGUUACCGAACUGAGGCCCACGACGAUGUGGUUGCGAGGUUCAACGAGCGCUUCAUCUUAUCACUCGGCAGCUGCGAAUCGUGUCUCGUCAUCGAUGAUGAGCUCAACGUCCUUCCUAUAUCGGGCGGAAAGGGGGUCAAGCCGCUGCCGCCACCAGAGGAGGAUGAACCCAAGAGUGCGGCAGCGGUUGAGCUAGAAAAGAUUAAGGAUUCCCUCCAAGACACCCAGCCGAUCGGAUCUCUCGUUAAGCUGGCGCGGACAACGGACCAAGCGAAGGCAUUGCUUACCUUUGUGGAUGCCAUUGCCGAGAAGACUCUCCGGAACACCGUCACCCUUACUGCAGCGCGUGGUCGUGGUAAAUCCGCAGCCAUGGGCGUUGCGAUCGCCGCCGCGGUCGCUUAUGGGUAUAGCAAUAUCUUCAUCACUUCGCCGUCACCAGAGAACCUGAAGACCCUGUUCGAGUUUGUGUUCAAAGGGUUUGAUGCGCUCGACUACAAGGACCACGCCGACUACUCCAUAAUCCAAUCCACCAACCCCGACUUCAACAAGGCUAUCGUCCGAGUGAACAUUCACCGUAACCACCGCCAAACUAUCCAGUACAUUCGGCCUCAGGAUAGCCACGUCCUGGGACAGGCUGAGCUUGUCGUUAUUGAUGAAGCGGCGGCUAUCCCCUUGCCACUGGUGAAGAAGCUCAUGGGGCCAUAUCUCGUCUUCAUGGCAUCCACAAUCAGCGGAUACGAAGGCACGGGCCGGUCACUAUCGCUCAAGCUGAUCAAGCAGCUAAGAGAGCAGUCCAGCGCUGGCGCCAACGCCAACGCAAGCGGUUCGGUCGAAGUUGACCGGUCGAGCGGAAAGGCCACCAAGGAGACCACCGUGGUUGGCAGCCGGUCGCUCAAAGAAAUCACGCUGUCUGAGCCCAUCCGUUACGCCCAAGGGGAUAGGGUGGAGAAGUGGCUCAAUACGCUGCUCUGCCUGGACGCAACACUACCAAAGUCAAAGAUGAGCACCCAAGGGUGUCCGGAUCCCUCGCAGUGCGAGCUGUUGCAUGUCAACCGCGACACGCUCUUCUCGUUCCACCCGGUCUCGGAGAAGUUCCUGCAGCAGAUGGUGGCCCUGUAUGUCGCCAGUCACUACAAGAACUCUCCGAAUGACCUGCAGCUCAUGAGCGAUGCGCCGGCACACGAGCUCUUCGUCCUCACAGGGCCCAUUGCUGAAGGCCGCCUGCCCGAGCCUUUGUGCGUGAUCCAGGUGUCUCUGGAAGGCAAGAUCAGCAAGCAGAGCGUUCUCAACAGCUUGAGCAGGGGUCAGCAACCCGCUGGCGAUCUGAUUCCGUGGCUCGUCAGCCAACAAUUCCAGGACGACGAGUUUGCCUCACUUUCAGGAGCACGGAUUGUCCGGAUAGCAACAAACCCCGAGUACAUGAAGAUGGGGUAUGGCUCGAAAGCGCUUCAGCUUCUCGUUGACUACUAUGAGGGCAAGUUCGCGGAUCUCUCGGAGGAUGGCGGCAGCUCUGUGCAGCGGUCCAUUCCCAGGGUCACAGAUGCCGAGCUUGCAAAGGCAAGCCUGUUCGAUGACAUCAAAGUCCGGGAUAUGAACGAGCUGCCACCACUUUUCGCAAAGCUUGCCGAACGCCGCCCGGAGAGGCUUGAUUACGUGGGCGUCAGCUACGGCUUGACCGAGCCGCUGCACAAGUUCUGGAGGCGGGCCUUGUUUGCUCCGGUCUACUUGAGGCAAACGGCAAACGACUUGACGGGCGAGCAUACCUGCGUGAUGAUACGGCCUCUGCAAGACGGCAACGACCCGAGCUGGCUUGGUGCAUUUGCCAAUGACUUCCACCGCCGUUUCUUGUCCCUUCUCUCGUACAGGUUCCGCGAGUUUCCACCUGCCCUUGCCUUGACCAUCGAGGAGGCAGCCAAGUCUAGCGCCAAGCUUGAUCCAUCCACCGCGCCGGUCGAGAUCAAUAAGACUGAGCUGGACGCUAUUCUGACCCCCUUUGACCACAAGCGGCUGGAAUCAUAUGCCAACGGGAUGCUCGACUACCAUGUAGUCUUGGACCUCAUUCCGACAAUCGCGCAGCUCUAUUUCACGGGCCGGUUAAGAUCGAACGUCUCACUCAGCCGUUUAAACCAGGCGAUCCUGCUCGCCAUCGGCCUGCAGCGAAAAGACAUCGAGACUGUUGGGGAUGAACUGGGGGUUCCAUAUUCGCAGGUCUUGGCUCAGUUUAUCCAGAGCAUGCGGAAAAUCAACAAACACCUCGGCUCGCUGGUCACGGGGGCUAUCGCGGCCGAAAUGCCGGAUGCCAGCAAGGUCGGUGUAAGCCGCGAUGACGCCUCGGGGAUACACGACGACGAGGCGAUCGACAACAAGUAUGUCCCGUUGGAGACCAGGCUCGAGGACGAACUUGAGGAGGGCGGUGACGAGGCACUGAGCGAGCUACGGGCGAAGCAAAGGGAGCUCAUCGACUCUCUCCCACUGGACCAGUACGAGAUCGAGGGCGAUGAUGCCGCAUGGCAGGAAGCAGAGAAACGGGUGAAGCAGGCGGCCAAGACAGGCAGAGGCGCCCCAUUAGUGAGCGUCAAGACAAAAGCGAAGCGCAAAGCCGAGGAAGCGGAUGCCCCUGAGGAAGCGGCUGGUGAAAAGGGGCAUUCAAAGUCCAAGAAGGCGAAGCGGGAUAAGAGGAAAUGAAGUGAGAUUUUGUGCGAUAGGUUAUAGAGAUGUUCUACUUUCUGGCAACCAAAGAUACCCAGGCUUGAGAUCAGGGCUGCUGCUUCCCAUGUUUGAGAUCUUCGAGCUUGGGAUGUACUAGAUGUACGCCACGGGGGUAUCCGCUAGAUUGUCCAGGGCGGAUAGGGUUCUGGUCUACUGUGGUCGCGUGCAUAAAGAAAACCCCCUAGUCAAGUACCUGUGGG